UUAACACUGCGAGGGUCAUGCUCUUGACGCCUCACAUCAUCUACACUUCACUCUUUACAAUCAAAACAACACGACCAAAAUCCUUUUAAUUGCGAACUUUUUUUCAGAUUUUUGCAACGUGGCCAAUGACAUAAUAUUAUUUUCAACAGAGGAAAAAAUAGCACAUUGCGUGGGUGGCAAGGCUAUACGGCUUGAACAGAGGAGGCUACUCUCAAGGUAUGCGGGCUCCCUCCAGCACCACACCUGUGGCUGACAGCUGUCACACCUGCUGCUGACAGCUGUCACACCUGUGGCUGACAGCUGUCACACCUGUUGCUCACAUCUGUCACACCUGUGGCUGACAGCUGUCGUUGGGAGCGGAAUAUUACAACACUCGUCAGUGAACUACCUGUGGUUGCGUCAUCAGGGUCUUGCGUCAUCAGGGUCUUGCGUCCAGCAUCACAGCAGCUGCCACUGUAUAGCGGUCAGCCUCGCAAGCACAUCUAGGUAAAAAUUAUCACAAGAAAAUAACAUAGCCCCCUUUCCUAAACUUUCCAUCCUGUUUCCUUGGCAACGCGUGUAAACAACAGCUGAUGGUUUCCAUGACGACCUAAAUUCACAUAUGAUGUUGUCAGCCGCCAUGUUCAGUGUUCCCAUGGCAACGUUUGUAAACAACAGGUGAUGGUCUCCAUGACAAUCCGAGCCACCCGCCAGUCUCGCCAGCAUGUCCAAGAACACCACAUACAAGGGCUACUCCAAGCUUGCUGAGAAAAUAGCCAAAAAUACGCAUUUUACCUGUGAGGAAGUGGACGCUCUGCUGACCUUACAUGACCCCUCUGGCACUUCCCCUCGUAUGGACGGUAACAGGUUCCGGGACAUCAUGCAUGGCAUCUUCGGAAUGACAGACGAGGGUCUGAUGGAGGCAAUGUACCAGGUGUACGACAUGGAUCAAGACGGUGUGGUGGGACCAGAGGAGUUUGUUGUGGGCAUGUCUGUCUUCCUGCGUGGCUCUCUUGAUGAGAAGAUUGACUACUGCUUCAGCGUGUACGACCACAACAGCGACGGCUUUGUCUCUCGAGACGAGAUGUUUCAUCACCUUAAAUCCGCCGUCGUCAACCUACCUCCUGGAGAGGAACUCGACGAGGUCAUCAAAGAUUUGGUUGACUUGGUAUGUCGUAAAUUGGAUAUAGAUCAUGAUGGGCGUGUCAGUUUUAGUGAUUAUGCCACAGCUGUUCAUGCAGAGCCUCUCCUGCUGGAGGUGUUUGGCCCCGUUCUUCCCGACAUUCAAGAGCGAGAGACGUUUCUGAACACAUUCCUGGACAAAUAUGGCCUUCGUUCCCAACAGCUGUAAGAGGAAACAAAAUGUGAAUAUUCACCAAGUUUCACCUAUGGCAAUAACUGAAAAAAUUACCACAAGUAAUUGUCACUGUAGAGUAGUUGAAAGAUGAAAUACUGUUCAAUAUUCAGAUGUUAAGUUUGUGGCCAUAUCAAGGAACUCGUGCUAAAUUGCAAUUUUACGGUCAACAGUUAAGUUAGUAACUGUCAAAAGAACUCACCAAACUGGGAAGACCAUGUAGCUCCAACAAUGGUUGUCAAUGUGUAUCCAAGAAAAUAUUUAUAAACUUAAUUUGAUCUUAUUACAGAUGCAAGCAUUGUUGCAUUGCUAUUCUUUAUCAUAAAAAUGUGCUUAGAUGACCUGUAAAGCUUUACAAUAUUUUAAUGUUAAAUGUUAAAAUUUUGACCCACGAUUAUACUGGAAAUAGAACCAGUAUUUACUUUUGUGUUAUUAU